GGCAGGCAACCUGCCUUUGUGGGCGGGAUCUGUUCCUCAAGAGGUUUGUGAGUCAAGGGCCAGCUGGCUUCUGUGUCCCCAGAUUUCCCCACGUCAGGCCGCACCCUCUGCAGCGGUUGGCUGGCCCCUCCCACCGCUGAGGUGAGAGAGCGGGCAGACGCCUGGGUUCCUUGCCUGACUCCGGGAGGCUGCUGUGUCGGGCCGCCCCCCCCCGGCCCUGCCUGCCCGCCGGCCAUGCCUAGAUGAUCCCGGCCUCCCGCCAUGCUGCCCCGGUACCUGCUGCUCCUGCUGGGGGUGCAGCUGGUGGUGAUGGCGCUGCUGUACCACGAGGGCUACCGCCGGCGGGUCGCCUACUUCCUGGGCAUCUUCUACAAAGGGGGGACCCCAGCUGGCCUGGGGGGGCCACACGGCGCUGCCCACAACGCCUCGCUGCCCGGGGAUGUCUAUGCCAACCUCAGCCUCAUCGCCCGCUCCCCGCUGCGCCCCGAGGAGCUGCCCUACUGCCCUGAGACCUCCCCAUUCCUAGCGGGCCCCAUCCGGGUGAGCUUCCCCCCAGGGCUGACUCUGGAGCAGAUCAUGCGCAAGAACCCCUACGUGACGCCUGGGGGCAGGUACCAGCCCCCCGACUGCGACCCCCUGCACCGCACGGCCGUCAUCAUCCCCCACCGCAACCGGGAGCAGCACCUGCGCUACCUGCUGUACUUCCUGCACCCCUUCCUGCAGCGCCAGCAGCUUAGCUACGGCAUCUACAUCAUCCACCAGGCAGGGAACUACACCUUUAACCGGGCCAAGCUGCUGAACGUGGGGUUCAAGGAGGCGAUGAAGGACGAGGACUGGGACUGCAUGUUCUUCCACGACGUCGACCUCAUCCCCGAGGACGACCGCAACCUGUACACCUGCGACCGCUUCCCCAAGCACGCCUCCGUCGCCAUGGACAAGUUUGGAUACAAGUUGCCCUACAAGACCUACUUUGGGGGGGUGUCGGCCUGCCGGUGGGGGGAGGGGAACGAGGGGGAGGUGGUUGCAUCUCAGAGCCAGGCAAAGGAUCACUUUGGAUCUAACAACUCAGCUGGAUACCAGCUCGGCCUUAGUUAA